AUGUCUCAAACUACUCAGUACUCACGUUCUUGCAGAUCUCAAAACUAUUCUUGCCCAAGUUGUGGAUUAACAGAAUACAGACAAUCAACUCAUUACAGUUGCACUAAUAAUACAAUCAACAUCAGUGAGAAUAUAAGCAUAAAUAACAAAGAUAGAAUAGAAGAGGAGACUUCUUUCCAUGUUGUUAAGAGUGUAUCUGAACAGAUAGUAAUUGACAUACGCACUUGCUCAAGCUGUGACUCAAAUACAAAUUUUAAAAUAAUUCACCAUAAUUGCCCCUUUAAUCCAGAGAGAGUUAGUGGAAUGAACGAAAAUGCCUCUACUACUUUACAGUAUAGAAUUGCUUACAUAGUCUCAUUUAUCUCUGAAAGUAUUAUUUGGCCAAACAUUUGUUUAAGUGAAGGAGACCAAUAUGCAAGACGUUCAACCUUAUUUUCUGGAUUUGAUCCUUCAACAAUCAAAACUACUCAAAAUGCAAUCAAUUUGUGCAAUGCUUUUAUACACACUCUUAAGUCUGUAGCUGAGCAAUUCUGUGAUCAGCCUAUUGGAACACUUCACGUAAUUUUUAGAGAAGCAAGAGAAAUAGAGCGCCAUUAUAAUAUACAAAGCUCUCCAGAAGUUGCUGCAAUGAUAAUUAAAGAAAGUGUUGAUAGAGUUGCAUUAUUACACAAUAUUAUUAUAAAUAACUGCAUUACAGGAUAUUGCUCCAUUAGCUUAAUGAACACAACAUACAUUACUUUUCACUAUGUUUCUAUGCUUUCAUUUGGUGAUAAUGAAUGGAAUAUGGAUCUUAAAUGUUUAUCUCCCAAUCUAUGA